AUGUCGAGUGACGCGAACAUGCGUUACGACCGACAAGUCCGACUGUGGGGCGAGGAAGGGCAGGCGUCGAUUGAAGCGGCGACGGUAUGCGUCCUUGGCGCCAGCGCCCUAGGUUCCUUUGAAGACCCACUACUUCUCAACUUGUCUUUGGAUUCAGGCACUGAGACACUCAAGUCGUUGGUCCUCGCCGGAGUUCAUUCCUUCUGCAUCGUCGACGACGCCAUCGUCGAGCCCGCUGACGUCGGAAACAACUUUUUCCUUGACGAGGACGACGUUGGCAAGUCAAGGUCCCAGGCAACCAUCGACAAGCUCAAGGUGACCUUUUUUCCUUUUCCAAUCAGAAUCGAGCCUUUUUCUCUGUUGGAAAAAAUAAGUUCGAUAUUUUUCAAGCAAAAAAUAUAGGUCGUGUUGAAACUGGAAACCCUCAAUGAUUUUCAAUUUUUUUGCUUAAGGACGAUAAGGUUAUGAAAAGGCGGAUGUGUUUACCAGAAACUGGGGAAAUCCAAAAGAGCUGUGCUUUUAAAAAUUUUCUCGGAGUCUCUAAAAUAUUGAGAAAAGACUAAGUUCGUAGGAAAUGAAUCCAGCAGUCUCCGGGCUUUUUCUCAACGUCGCGCCAGCAGCUCUAGACGACAAUCAGUUGGCCCAACUGGCCAAGUGUUCAGUUAUGGUCGGAACUAACCUUCCGCAGGAGUUCGAGGCUUUUGUCGCCAGCUACAUGUACUCGUUGGGCGUUCCUUUCAUUUCUGCCAAGUGAGAUACUUUUCUUUUUUGUCGACAUUCCUCAGUUUUUCUCAGAGCUUUUGGUCUUGUCGGAGAAGUCCACGUUUGCGUCAGGGAGCACACAAUCGCCAACUCUCACGAUGAAAACCCGCGUCCGGAUCUCAGGUGAUCAGGUGGAAUUCUGAGCUGAAAAGAAAAGUUUGGUCGGCAUGAAUAAGCAUUUCAAGGCGCGUGUAUGGUGAAUCGAAAUCUCGCGCUUUUUUUCCAAGAAUAAAGUUAACAACUAUUUUCUUUAGCGCUUAUUUUCCACUCCGCAGGAUCACCUAUGUUAAAUAAUUGAUGUGUUUUUUUUUGCUGAAUAUUUUUUGGGGUUUCUAUACCCCGUUUUUCGUGACUUGAAACUGCUGUUUUUUUCUGUGCCCUCCUCGUCUCGGGUUUUUUUUCUGACCUCGCCGCUGAGAGAACAGAGAGACGCAGACAAUCGAAAAGUGUCAAGUCGUGGCGAACCUACUAUGUCUCUCUUAUUGUGAAAAAGGAAUAUUCCUGGAGGUUUAUAUGUUUCAAGACUCGAUGUUCCGUUUCCGCAGCUCGUCGACAUGGUCGAAGAAACGCGACUCGACGACCUGACUCCGGCUCAGCUCCAUCACACGCCCUACAUCCUCCUCUACUUCAAGGCGCUCGAACAGUUUCGCAAAGUAAUUCUAAGACACUACAAAAGUGUUUCGGAUGUAAAUGUUCUACAGUUUAAUGAAAAAAGUUUCAAGUUUUCGUAUUCACUAGGGAACGUUUUACGAAAAUUAGGCCAAAAAAGCGCUAUUACGGGCAUUUGAAGUGUCCUAACUCGGAAACGAAAUAUAUUGCGAGAAAUUUUCCUAUUGUUCUAGAAUCAGAGGGUCCUAAAGUACGCUUCAGCAAAGUUUUAGCAAAAGUUCAACCGGGGGGUAAAAAACGUUCCCUAGACAGCACACCAAAGAAAGUCCUUUUUUUAAUUUUUACUCCUAUUUUCAGGAUCAUCGAAACCCAGAUGCGUUCCCCAACAAUUACACUCAAAGAAAACAAAUCCAGGAGAUUAUCUGGGCGAUGAGGAGACCGAACGAGUCCGGAAGUUUAGACUCCGAAAACUUUGACGAAGCAAAAACUUCGAUCACUCGCAGUUUUCUGAGAACGACGGUUGGUAGAGAAAAGGAUCGAAAAUGAGAUUCUCUUGAGAUUCCACAAGCAGUGAAGGACAUACUGGCGGACGAGGCUUGUGGCACCUCCUCGCAACCUUUUUGGAUAAUCUGCGAGGCCCUGCGGCGUUUCAGCGAAGACAACGAUGGUAUUUCUUUCUCGAUUUCAUUUUUGUUCAAUCUUUUUCGCAUUCGGUAGAGCAUACUUUCGGAUCUUCAAACAAAUUGAGGUUUGUUUUUAUUUCAGGACUGCUUCCUCUCCGUGGAACACUGCCCGACAUGACAAGCGACAGCCAGAGGUUGAGAUAGAGUUUGAAGGAAAACGUUGUGAUUCGCGUUCUCAGAUACACGCGCUUGGCACAGAUUUUCCACGACCGCGCUCAGACGGAAGCCGACGAAGUCUACCGUAUAACCAAGCAGGUCGAAAAAGAACGAGGUGUUUUUUUUUCUUUUUUUUGCGAGUACUAUGUUCAGAUGGUCGUUUCUUGUCUAUUGCCAAAAAAUUUAAAAAAAAAAGAUCUCGCUCACAAGUAUAGUACUAAAUCAGCUCCAAAGGAUUUUUUUCCAGAAAUUCCAUGAUUCAAAAAUAAACGCCUUUUUUUGCUUAUAACAUGAAUUUUGAUAUAAGGAGACGCUCAAAAAAGAAAAAAUUAUGGAAAAAGACCCAGAUAUAAAGAAAGCAUCGUUAAAAAAGGGAAAGUGAGCCUAAGCUCGAAUACGAGUUUUGAUCGGACUUUGAAAAGUGAAAAUAACUGCAGUUUUUAUUUGAAUUUUUUUCCAUUUUUAUCCAAAGAUUAAUGCAUACUCGAAAGUAUGAUUUGCAGAAUAAAAAAAACUUUUUCGAGACCAAUUUUACACAAAAAGUGUUUUACUAAUUUUUUUUGUCAACUUAUUCGAAAAAAAGAGAAACAAGAAAGUCGUACCAAAAAAAAAACUGAGAUGUUUGAGGGAUCGGAGACGUGAUCAGCCAGGAAAUGUGCUACCGAUUCUGCAAGAACGCCGACCGGAUACGCGUGCAGCGCGGAGAGCCCUGGGACUUCGAUCGUCACAUUUCCGUCAGUUGUUCUCUUUGCUCCAUUGAGUUCUCGACUGUAUUCACCUAAUAUUAUAUGACUCCAGACUUUGAUCCGGCGCAUCAAGGAGAUGAGAGACUGCGAAGACGCGGAGACUCAGAGAAUCGAUGGCGCCGUUUGGCUGUUGGUUUUGCACGCGGCGUUCAAGUUUCAGCGGGAAAAGGGAAGGUUCGUCAGAGAUGAAUUCGUUGUCUCGCAGGAAUUAGAACAUUCGAGAAUCUCAAUUGCAACCCUAACAUUUGAAUCAGACACAGUACGAGAGUUUGGUGGAUCUUUGCUGAGACGUCCGAUUUUGAUCUGUAACUUACUCUAGGAUCAGUUCUUUUCAGAGAAUAUUCGAAUAUUUCAGUGAGUUCAUGGUUGGAUUUGAGGUUCCCCGGAACGAAUGGCGUUCCGUGCCCCAUCGACACUUUCGACUUACAGCAGCGCGUGGAAAGUCUCAUCAGAAUGUCUGACGUUUGGUUACCGAAAUCUCCUCGGAAGUCUUCUCUGUUCAGGAAUCCGUUGAGAAGAUUCUCCCACGGAUCCCGAUGGACGCCGUCAAGGAGAUGUGUCGGUUCGGAGCCUCCGAGCUGCACGUCGUCGCCAGUUUUGUUGGAGGUUGGAGAGUUGACGUUCGGAGACACUGGGCUCGUUGCAGGCAUAACCGCCCAGGAAGUGAUCAAGCUGGCCACCAACCAGUAUCUGCCCAUCGACAACACGCUCCUGUUCGACGGCCUCACACAAAACGCGACAACUUUCCGUCUCUGA